AUGAACCCAAACGAAAACGAAGAAGAUACCAAAUAUUGUUUCAACUGCCGAAGAAAUAUUCCACUCAUUAACCAUGUAAUGCACACUGCAUACUGUCACCGUAAUCUGAAGCUUUGCAUGAAGUGUGACGAACCGUUCCUAACUUCAGAUUAUGAAGAGCAUCAAAAAACCAAGCAUUCGGUUAUUUUAUGCGAUGCCUGUUCUGAAAAACUAGAAGCAAUAGAUUUAGAAUCACAUAAAUUAAACGAUUGUCGUCACCGUAUGCAAACAUGUAAUUAUUGUCAGAUUGAUGUAGAAGCUUGCUUGUUACCUGCACACACAGAUAUGUGCAGUAGUCGUACAGAACGCUGUAACAGUUGUGGACAAUUUAUCAUGCUUAAGUUUUUGGCUGUACAUCAGGAAACUCAUGAACGUAAAGAAUUACUUAACGUUGCUAAACCAGUAAUAGACGACAGUCCAAGCAGUUUGGCAGCAUAUCCGCCAUUAAUAAAAAAAGUGCCAAACAUUGCAGUAACUUCAAGACCAACAACAAGAACUACUAGCAUGCCCACGUUGAGACUACACGAAUCAACCAUGACCAAUCAUAGGGUAAUACCACCAGUCAAACGCAACAACGAUCAACCUCAAAUUAACACUCAUAGCAGUAACGAUAACACGCACAAAGAUCCAAAAAAGAAUAUGCCAAUAGUAGACACGCCAAGCGAUCUAGAUGAUGAUGACGAUGAAUUUCCUAUACUUGGUGCUUAUUCAAUUCCUAAUAACCAUUCUGCAAAUAUCAAUAACCAUUUAGCAAAUGAAUACAACAAUUUUUCCGAUACAUUCGAAAGUGUAAAACUACCAUGCGAGUUUUGCCUAGAAAUGAUUGACUCUGAAAAUCUUGUUUUGCAUGAAACUGGAUGCCGUCCAGAUUUAGCAACAUUUCAUAAUGUUUUGCAAACAAAUAAAAAUACCAACAGCGAGAAUGAUAUUUUUCCAAUACCACCUCAUGACUUAGACACCUCCAGCAGCAGUGGAGACAGUGAGCUCAAUUUAAAUACAUUGAGUUUAAGUUCUGAAGAUGAAGAUGAUAGUGAAAAAAUCAAUGUUGAGAAAUUGCCUUGCGAAUUCUGUGAAAAAUUAGUAUCCAUUAAGAAGUUUUUAAACCAUCAGUGGAGAUGCGAAAAAUUACAUUUGGAUUUACCUGUGAUAAAUAAUUUUGAUAAAGAUGUGUAUCCACAACCUAUUAUUAAUACGAAUACAAAGUUCCCAAAAUCGGUAAACUUACUAGAAACUCAGCGUAAUCUAUUCAAAACAACAUCUGCUCCAGCUAAUCUAUCUGGAAGAACUUUAACAUUGAGGAACUCUGAAGCUAAUGCUCAAUCUCCAGCAUCAUCAACAUAUGACCCACAGACAAGACAGAUACUGCCACGGGUCAAACUAAAUAGACAAAAUCCAAGUCGACCAAACAUCCCUAUGGAUAAUCGUUAUGUGAAUAACUCUGCUCGUAACAACUAUGUACAGUUUAUAUCCAAUUCUAGAUUAAAUCAUUCAGACCUGACUUCCACAAUUAACAAUUCUCCUGCAUACUUAAACCCAUCUAGUGGUGCUAUACCGAAACAAAAAAAUAUGAAGCCAAGCAAUAACAGAAGAGUUAUAAAUGACUUAUCAAAGAAGAAACGUAGAGAUUCUGAUUCAUCAAGCGACUGA